AUGGCUUAUUUUCCAAUUCAACAUUAUCGUUUAUUCAAUGAUCCAUUCGAUCGAUUCUUUGGUGAUCAAUUGAAUUUUUUUGAUCCAUGGCGUGAUUUCGAUACAUUUCCAACAGCUUUAUCAGCUUUUCCAAAUCCAUUUCGAUGGAUUCAUCAACCACAUCGAAUAGCUCGUAAAGCAGCAUCAUCAGCAGCAUCAUCAUCAUCAGCAUCAUCAUUUUAUACAACAUCAAAUAAUCUUGCUGGUGGUAAUACUCUUCUUCCAAUUACAAAUAAUCUGAUACCAGUUCCAAUUCCGGUUCAAUCAGAAAAAUUUCGUGUUCAAUUAAAUGUAGCUGGAUUCAAUCCAGAAACAAUUAAAACAAGAGUCGAAGGUCGAAAAGUAAUUGUCGAAGCUAAACAAGAAGAUCGUCAAUCGAAUGGUGAUUUUAGUGUUCGAGAAAUUCGAAAAACAUAUGAUCUUCCUGAACAUGCUGAUUCAAAUAAUUUUGCUUCAUUUGUUACUCCAAAUAAUAUGCUUGUCAUUGAAGUACCCAUUAAUAUUCCUCAACUAGAACAUCGUCAAUCUCAAAUACUUGCUGAUCCUCAAGCUCUUUUGUUAUUUGGACAAUAUCGUGAUCCUAUUUUUGAUUAUCCAGGUUUUUUGGCUUCAUCGGAAUUUCGUCCUCGCGUAGUUGAUGUAGGUAAUGGGCAACGACAAAUAAAACUGUCUUUAGCAGUAAAAAAUUAUCGACCUGAACAAAUCAAAGUUUCAGUUAAAAAUAAUGAAUUACUUGUACAAGCUGAACAUAGUUAUAAUGAUAAUAAUCGUUCAGAACGAUCAUUUUUAACGAAAUCUAUUAUAUUACCACCUGGUACACAAGUUGAUCAAUUACGAUCAUUUUUAAAUCCUGAUGGACAAUUGGAAAUUGAAGCACCAUUUAUUGAACCUACACAAGCACGUUCAAUUGAAGUUCAAUAUCAAUAA